CACAAUGCCUUGCGUUCACGUCCCCUGCUUCCUGUUUAUUGUCACCGUCUCCACCGGUAAAAUUGUAACGUUUUCGCCGCUGUGCCGCCUUUAAAGAUCGGCCUGCAGCUGUUACUCUGAAGCUCUUCCUCGCCACUGCCUCGGUUCAGGAUGGAGGACUCAGAGACGGAGCUGGCGGUGUCGGAGCCAGACGCCCUGGGUGCAGACUUCAUUACGGUGGAGCUGGACACACAACCCAUUGAGUAUGUUGUGAAGUGGGCAGAGGUAGGGUCAAAGUUCACCAUCUCCUGUGUGAAGAAGGAUUCAGAUGAGGCGGAGCUGACGGCUGACCAGCUGAAGAUCGAGACUGACGAGGCCUUCUUUGCACCCUAUGAGGAGGUGUACCCCUGUGAGGUGACAGAGCAGAGCGUGGAAAUAAAGACAGACUCUGACGAUGAGGAGGACGCCGAGGAGGAGCAGGAGGUGCUGGUGGAGGCGGGUGGCAGCCAGCUGGACGGCGAGGCCGACUCGGACCAGGCUGACUUUGAGCCAGACGAGCGGCAGUACCGCUGCAGCUACUGCGGGAAGUGCUACAGUCACGCCUCCAGCCUGUACCGCCACCAGCAGACCCACACUGGGAAGAGCAGUGGGGCACCGCCACCAGUCAAACGGGCGCUGGAGUCGACACACCAAGACGCACGCUAUACCUGCCCCCACUGUGGGAUGAGCUUCAAAGGCAGCAGGAUGCUGGGCAGCCACCUGCGGUUGCAUGGGAAGCGUCGGAUCCACCCCUGCAACAUCUGCGGGAAGGAGUUCAACCAUAGCUCCAGCUUGUCGCGCCACCGCCUCAUCCACAAGAAAGGAAAAGGAAUCCCCAAGGACAUGGCCCUUGGGCCCAACAUGACCACCCUGCGCCACUCGCUGAAGGCUGGUGCCAAGAACAAGAAGACCAAGAGGCAGCGGCAUGUGGCAACCGCCAUUGUGCAAAGUCCGGGUGGCGAUAAGUUCUACGCCUGCCCGCAGUGUGACAUGAGCUUCCGCACAUCCACGCAGCUGUCCAAACACCAGGUGACCCAUGUCAAGGAACUACUGGACAACUACACACCUGGCAAGGAGAACCUGGGUGAGACCUCGUCCGACCUCAAGAUCCGCCUCAAGCUCUGCUCCCGCGACAAGCCCAACUUCUACACCCUCUGCAAGAAGAACCGCCGUCGCCGGGGCGGCCGGACCAGCAAACGAGGCUCCUCCACCUCCGAGGAGGAGGAGGGUGGAGGAGGAGGAGGCGGGCGCCACGGCUGCCGGCAGUGUGGGAAGCGUUCAGAACAUCCAGGGCUGUCUCUGUUUCUGAUCAAAGCGGAACUUGUAGCUGGUCAAGGUCAAGAACAGUUUUAG